CCUACUAUAUAGGUCUAUGGAGUGGUAUUGUUUAUUGUUUACAAAUUUUACAAUUUGUACCUACCUUGAAAACGUAAAAACACUACAAAUCCAGGAAUUUAACUAAUAAGUAUUGGCCGUGUAAAACGGUAGAUUGUAAUAUAUUAUGUCCACCAAAGAGUAUAAAUUCAGUUCAGUGCUCAGAUAAAAUGAAUGUGUGAUAAAAUCAAACAAGUGAGACAUCGCAAAACAUUCUGUUUUAUUUUAUUAAAAGUAUUCAAUGAUAAUGUCAUUAAUAAAGAAGACAAGAAACGAUGCAAUUAAAGCUGCGGUGGCUUCUUAUCUAGAAAGGCGAAACUAUCCCGAUACUGAAUAUUACGGUAACAAUAACCCAAAUUGCCAGAGUGCUGAGCAAAUGGCAGUUUCCACUAUUGUACAGUCUGAAGCAAGUCGUGCAAAUUCUAUCUUGUUUUCAUGUAUCAACAAUGAUUCCUCUCAAUACGAUAUACAAUACACCAGGUUAGUCAACUUUAUAAAAGAAAUAAGAAUCGAGAAACUAAAAAAUGAGCUUCUGGGAUUGUUGAGCCCUUUGCUAUGUCAUCUUUAUCUAGAGAUGCUACGUGGGGAACACGGAGGUGCUGCACAAGUGUUUUUGAAACGACAUUCAGCAACAUUACCACAGAAAGAUUUAUCUUUCCAUCAACCAAUUGAUGGGAAUUUACCCUCUGCAUUGUAUAGGCCAAAUAGUCUAGAGCAACUGUUUAAUUCACUUCAAAAUGGUACAAUAGAUAAUGAAACCCCCGAAAAAGAUUACAUGAAUCAAAUACUUGAUGAUAUUGGAUCCAUCUACACUUUACAGGACAUUGAAACUAGACCAUCCAUUGCUGCAUUCAGGUCAUGUAAAUAUGAUAUUUACUUAUCACAAGAUGCUUUAAAUAUGUUGAAAGCAUAUUUAGCCAAACAUGGACAUGUAUUAUUAAUACAAGUAUUGCAAACAUGGUUUCAUAUUGAUAUAAAUAGUGAUAAUAAUAAAAAAAAUUCUGAAGACGAAGAAGAAAUGGAGUCUGAUAUGACAGUUAAUAGAAAUUUUUCUGAAGAACGAGUCAUAGAAGCAAACGACCUGUUUUCUAAAUGUAAUGGCCAUGCUGAAUAUCAAACUGUUGAUAAGGAGUUGCGUGAUCUCCAAGAUGCAAUCAAAGGAGUUAGAGACUCAACGGCUCCAUUAAAAUUGUACAAAAUAUCAGCACCGGAUACGCAUUUAAUAUGUGCAAAAACAGAUCCUAGCUGUAACAUGCUGUGCGGUGGCUUCAUUAAUUCUGAAGUCAGAAUCUGGGAUCUUGGCCAAAACAAUAUGCAAAAAAGGAUCAAUCAUAACAUAUCAAAAAUUGAAUUAGCUUGCAACAUGCCACCAGAAUCUUCAAACGAUCAUGAUACAUUACAAAUUGGCGCCGGAUUGCCCCUGAGAGGCCACUCAGGCCCAGUACAAGCUGUGACUAUUAUGCCCAGAGAAGAAUUAAUACUCUCAGCAUCACACGAUAACACAAUGAGAGCUUGGAGACUGUCUGAUUAUUCAUGUGCUGCAAUUUACAGAGGACACAAUUAUCCUAUAUGGUGUAUGGACAUAUCAAGAAGUGGCCUAUUUAUAGUAACGGGAUCUCAUGACAGAACAGCUAAGCUUUGGUCUUUGAAUAGAACGUUCCCAGUGAGAGUGUUUGUCGGUCACAUGUCUGAUGUCACUUGUGUGAAGUUCCACCCGAACGAGUGUUACAUAGCGUCUGGCGGCGCGGACCGCAGCGUGCGGCUGUGGAGCGUGUGCGACGGCCGGCUCGCACGCGUCCUGUGCGCACACCGCGCGCCGGUGCGGGCGCUCGCCUUCGCACCCAGCGGAGCCUACCUAGCCACUGCCGGAGACGAUAAAAAAAUUAAAGUGUGGGACUUAGCAGCAGGAACUUGCGUGCAAGAGUACAAAGGACACCAUGGUAAAAUAAUGUCACUGGAUUGGUCUUCGGUCGGAAAACCCAGCCUAACUAACAGAGUAAUGGCAGAACCUAAUGAAUUAUCAACGGAAAACUCUCUACUCUGUUCAGCAGGAAUGGAUGGAAUUGUGAAAGUUUUUCAUGAUUGUCAGACUAAAAAUAAGCCAACCUCGAGUCAAGAUAUUUUAACAUCAACUUAUAAUACGAAAUGCACCUAUUUGGUGGAUGUACAAGUGCAUCCGGAAUGGGUUGUUGCGAUUGGAACCAAGCAAUGAUGUACUUUUAAUGAUUAUGUAAUUAAUAAAAUGUAAGACUAUUGUUA